ACAAUGUCCUUCCCAACCUUCUCCGGAAACUCUCGGCGGCCCCGAAAUGUCAAUAUGAGCGGCCAGAGGAACCUGAACCCCUUCGCUGCCACGACCUGGACACCCUCGUCCUCCUCGAAUGCCUCCAAGACAGUCGCCGACGCACAGGCCGAGCGCCGUCAGCGUCAGCAAGAGAGAGCAAAGAUCAGGGCUGUCGAAUCAAUCCAGCGUACAUGGCGAGGGCAUAGGGUUAGGAGGAACUUGAGAGACGAGCAACGCCAGUGGCUCGACAAGCUCUACGAGGGCAACUCCUUCUCUGAUCCUGCUACCAGGUCUUCACAAGCUCUAUCUGCGGUUGUGACAUCUCUUGAUCCCUCACGAUCGGAGGACCAGGCAAGGCUGGAGCGAUUCGCUACGGAUCUGGCGGACUCUGGCUGCUCCGCACUUGCGGCGGCACGACCAUCUCAAAUAAGACGGCUGACAUCACAAUUGCUUGCACUCUUGAGAAGGUAUCUCUAUACCUAUGGUUUUGGGCCCCAAAUACAAGGUUUAAAUCGACUCCCACCUUUCAUAGAAAAGGCUAUCGGAUCCCUGGUCGAGCGAGAUGAGAUUUCCAACAUCCUAGAGAAGUUCACCGCGAACUUUGCAGGCUCAUCGCUAGAGGAGCACAACCAGGGUAGUCUUCUAGCAGCCUACAUUCUCACUUUGAUCAGAUGUUUUCCGGCCCUUGGGGAUGAUAUUCGCAUGAAGCUUUACAUGGCCAGUGUGCCCUUGGAGUCGGGCCAUUCAAACUCGGUCAAAUUCUUCUGGGAGGCAAUGGUAGAGACCAACAUCUUCACGCUCAUACGGUCCGAUGAGCAGGGGGACACCCUAGCAUUGCUCAAGCGUCAAAACUCCAAACAGUCGAGCGUGGUCAGAGAUGAUUCACUGUGGGAUCGCGAAUGGCGGGCAAUACUGCUCUUCCUCGAACUAUACGUUUUUGUUCUCAGGCUCACUGAUGACGAGGACUUUGCCUAUCCUUGGACCUCUGCAGGAUUUCACACAGGGUCGACGUCAAGACUGCGGCAAUGCAUGCUGACCCUCACUGAGCUGAAAGGAUUAUCACUAUUCCUGAGGAACCUCGCUUUCACAUUGUAUUAUAAUGAAAACGAGCUUCAAGAACAUGGAGAAAGGCUCAUGCAGUUUGCUACAUCAAACACUACUGUGGACGAACUUUUCAGUCCAUCCGCACAGGACACACCGCAGAAACGGAAGACACAGGGCGCGUACAAUGUCAUUUCUGGCGUUGACUUUGAUACAUUUAGAAGCACAAUCACGACAGCCAUGCGCAUGGUCUAUGAGCGUGACUCCCGCCGGCAAUUCCUACCCAGAGAGCAUUGGUUGAUGACCUCUAGGUUUGACAUGCAGAAUUUCAUGGACAACGUUGUCAUGGAAGUUGAGAGACAGCGUCAACUGCGCAAAGAGGGGCUUGAUGGGGAUGAGGUGGACAUGGACGAAGACGAAGACGAAGAUGAAGACAACCAGGACAGCUUUGGGCGGCUGCCAACAGGCUACACAUCACAAGCCCUCCGUAUUGAGAGACUCAGGGAGGCGCACAAGAAGGAGCAGCGUAAAAGGUUGCUUGCUGCUGUUGGGCCAAAACUCGAAAUACUCCGCAACAUGCCCUUCAUCAUACCGUUUGAUGUCAGGGUCAAAGUCUUCCGCAAGCUUGUUAUUGUGGACAAGACAAGGCGGAGAAAUGGCAUGCUGGAAGCAGAUCAAUGGCGGAUGCAAGUCCUACAUGAGUUUCUUGAUCCCCACAGAGCCAGAGACAGGCUGGAGAGGCACCAUGCCAAGGUCCGCCGAGGCAAGGUCUUUGAAGAUGCGUUUGCGCAAUUCUACCAGCUACAAGAUGGGCUCAAAGAGCCAAUCCAGAUCACAUUCGUUGAUCAAUUCGACAUUCCAGAGGCCGGCAUCGACGGUGGCGGCGUGACAAAGGAGUUCCUGACAAGUGUCACCAAGGAGGCCUUUACCGACGACUUCAGCCUCUUCAUUGCUAACAGCAAGAGCGCAUUGUAUCCUAAUCCCUGCGCCCUGGAUCAGCGCCAGGAGAAACUCAGAGAGGCCGGCAUAAAGCCCGAUUCAGAAGCUUGGAGGGAGGAUGUCUUGGACAUACUCGCGCAAUACGAGUUUCUUGGGCGGAUCAUUGGCAAGUGCCUCUACGAGGGUAUCCUCAUCGACGUUGUUUUUGCUGGUUUCUUCUUGCUCAAGUGGGCGGCGGCCGCAUCAGAUGCAAGCUACCGAGCCAACAUUAACGACCUGAGGGAGUUCGACGAAGAACUCUACAACGGUAUGAUGAGGCUCAAGAACUAUCCAGGAGACGUCUCGGAGCUGGGCCUCGACUUCACUAUCGAGGAUCAGGUCUCCCUACCGAACGAGCCCAUGCGGAUUGCUACACGCCAGCUCUUGCCCAACGGUGACCAAAUCGCCGUCACAAAUGAGAACAAGCUGCUCUAUAUCAACUACGUUGUUCGUCACCGCCUGGUCGCGCAGCCAUUCGCGGUGACCCGCGCGUUUCUGACCGGGCUCGGCACCAUCAUUGAACCCGCCUGGCUCAGCAUGUUCAACCAAUCUGAGCUGCAGCGGCUUGUGGGUGGCGACUCGACCGACAUCGACAUUGAAGACCUUCGGCGCAACACAGUCUACUCGGGCCUGUACGACCCAGGCGAUGAGGGUCUGGAGCAUCCCACCAUUCAGAUGUUCUGGGAGGUCAUGCAGAGCCUGGAAGACUCGCAGCGCCGUGACGUGCUCAAGUACGUGACGUCGACUCCACGUGCGCCUCUGCUUGGAUUCAGCCAGUUGAGCCCACGUUUCAGCAUUCGCGACGGCGGUAGGGAUACCACGCGGCUCCCGAGCGCCAGCACGUGCGUGAACUUGCUGAAGUUGCCGACGUAUGACUCGGCGCAGCUGUUGAGGGAGAAGCUGUUGUAUGCAGUCAGCUCUGGGGCUGGCUUCGAUCUGAGCUGA